AUGGCGACUCUGUUAGCUCCUUGCCACAUCAUCUCAUACGCAACUCUACUUGGCACAACCCUCUUCCAGACCUUCGUCAACACCAAAGUUUGUUAUAACGAGCUUCCAAAGACGGCUUUCACAACACUUCAAAAGCGACUUUUCCCCAUCUACUUUCGAUGCCAAUCUAUGUUGCUCGUUUUAACGGCACUCACAUUCCCGCCCCGUGGGCCAGCAUCUCUACUGAAAGAAAAGCGGGAUUGGGUUCCAUUUGCCAUUGCCGGCGUCACCGCAAUCCUGAACCUGUUCAUCUAUGGCCCCAGAACGAAACAAGCAAUGAUUGAUCGUAUUCAUCAGGAAACUCGCGACGCAAAACAGCCAGACGCCGUUGAUGAAAUUAGCCCAGACAUGCAAGCUUGCCGGAGGCGAUUUUCCCGAAAUCAUGCCAUGAGCAUUCAUCUCAAUUUGAUUACAAUCUUCGCCAUGGUAUGUUAUGGCGUCAGGCUUGCAUCCCGGCUGAACAUCGAGAUGGAUUGA